AUGGAAGAAGUUAGGGUUGUGCCUGCCUGUUCUGAUCAAUUAAAGCCUGUUGUUGGUCAGAGGUUCCAAUCAUUAGAGUUUGCAAUCGCGUUUUAUGAUGUGUAUGCUAGGGCCGUUGGGUUUGACACGCGCAAACAAGGUGUAAGGAAGGUGGACGAAGUUACAACGUGGUAUUACGUCGUAUGUAAUAGGGAGGGCCAUAAGAAGUCCAUCGACGAUGACCAGUUGAAUGCACGUUCCGGUUUCUCAAUGAAGCGCCGAUGCUUAUCGAAGAGAUGUGGCUGUAAAGCUAGUAUUUCCUUCAAGUAUUUCUCUGAUAAUGGACAUCCAGGUUAUAUGGUACAUGAUUUCAACGAGGUUCAUAACCAUGAUAUGGUUGAGUCAGAGCAUCAGCAAUUUAUGACUGUGAACCGUCAUUUGGAUAACGUUCACCAGAAAUUCAUACUUGAUUGUUCAAAAGCGAAUAUUGGACCCACAUUGACAUUUAAGGUAUUGAAAGAAACUCUCGGUGGCUUUGACCUCGUUGGUUGGACGGUUGGUGACAUCAGGAAUGCGUCACGCGACAUUAAAGCAUAUGCGCAUGGGUUCGAUGUGCAAAUGGUAUUGGACGACAUGGCGAAAAAGAAGGAGAUGUCUGAGUCGUACACAUAUCAUUAUGAGGUUAAUGAAAACAACCAGUUGGUUCCUUUGUUUUGGUGUGACGGCUUAAUGAAAAUGAAUGGUAAUAUGUUCGGUGACAUUGUAGCCUUUGACACCACCUAUAACACAAACAGGUAUUGCAUGAUAUUCUGUCCUUUCACGGGAAAGGACAAUCAUGGAAGCCCUGCAACCUUUGCGGCUGGCUUGUUAUGCAAUGAGAAAACAGGGGCGUUCGGAUGGUUGUUUAGACGUUUUGUUGAAUGCAUGGGCAUAGCACCGAAGAUGAUCGUGACAGAUCAAGACAAUGGAAUGAGAUCAGGCAUCGAAGAGGUUCUGGUUGGCACGCGCCACCGAUGGUGUAUGUGGCACAUAAUGCACAAGUUGUCCACCAAGAUCCCAAAUAGGCAUUUCUGGAUACCGGCGUAUUUUAGAGAUUUUCCACUGGGUUCGAUGAUUAGGACAACAUCCAUCUCCGAAUCGGAGAACAGUUUCUACAAAAGAUUUCUGAAGCCCCGUGCGAACAUAGCCGAGUUCUACAUGAAUUUCAACCAUGCUGUUGAGUUUCAGCGUAACAGUAGGACGGCGUUAGACUACCACGAUGCCACUGCUUUGCCCAUUUUGGCAACUACAUUGCCGUUUGAGAAACAUGCUUCGACGCUUUACACGGAUACGAUGUUCAGGAAAAUACAGGAAGAAAUCGUUGAGGGUAAUGAUAGAUGUCGCGUGCUAGGAUUUUCUUCGACUGAAUUUGUUGACACCUACAAGCUUGGGGAUAGCCAUCGCAAAUCGUAUUUGGUGACUUAUGAUAGGAGUGCUGAGUCAUAUUAUUGCGAAUGCAAACUAUUUGGUAGGCAUGGAUAUUUGUGCAGACAUAUUUUUUUCAUUUUCAGGAACAAUGAGUUGAAGAAAAUACCAGAAAAAUACUGCCAAAGUAGAUGGAUGAAGACUCCGCUAGCCAAGGCGGUCCAUGGGGAAAUCCAUGAUGACAUUCCUACCAGAUCUGUUGUUGACGAUAGGCAAGCAGUGUCAAAGCAAGGCAUUUCUAUGUUCUACGGUUUCCUCCGGCGGUUUGAGGAAGACAUUGAUUUGCUACGGGCAUUUGUAGGCGGCGUUGAAGAACAUGGUAAAUCUCUGCAAGCUGGGAAUCCGACAACGUCAGCAAUUGAAAAAAGGCGAAUGAUUGAAGAGUUCUAUGGCAUGGUGCGGCCUGAAGUUGUGGAGGUUCAUCCUCCAGAUGUGGUCAAGACCAAGGGGCAUGCUAGCAGCUCAAAGAGCCGACUGAUUUCGAAAAGGGAAAAGGCUCUAAAGGAUGCUAGUCGGCCUCAAAGACGGUGUAAGGCUUGCGAUGAGAUGGGCCACCAUGACUCCAGAAAUUGUCCUAGACUUAAAGAAAUGGAGAUGGAGAAAGAGUUGGGGAAGGGCAAGAGUACGAUAUGA